CUUUUGAUUUGGAUCUUCAUCAUCUGGCUCCGAUAUUCCAGUCGACUUUGAUCGUUAUCACAAUGCCGAGUCACAAAUCAUUCAGAACUAAGGUCAAGCUCGCCAAGGCCCAGAACCAGGACGGUCGUGUUCCCCAGUGGUUCAGACUGAAGACCAACAACACCAUCAGAUACAACACCAAGAGAAGACAGUGGCGCCGCAAGAAAUUGAACAUCUAAACGUCUCGAUUCACAUUUACGAUAUGUUUACGGUAUUCUAAAAAAGUCGGGAAUCAUUAUUGGUGUACGUUAUUGGUGGUUUCAUAAUCAAAAAUAAAAGAGUCAAUAUGGUGUUUGUCAGCAUAUAAUUAUCCACAUUCAAGGGACCGUGUAUGACGGUGGAUUCAUCUUUCAGAAUCAGGCUAGAAUUACGGACCGACGAAUAUCAUAAUUGUUAAAUAUAUUGAUUGCUAUCAUUUGGCAUCCUCUACUUAUACCUACCGUGGUCUAUGACCACUGAGUAUUAUCAUCUCUUAUCCCACAUAACACCACAUAAUACUAAAUAAUACCAAUCCUUACAGACUUCUAUUGACUGUCUUCAUCCUCAAUAACCUACAUCCAUUUGUAAUAUCGUCUUCUGACUGAUAAAAGCGCUGUUCUCAUAUUUUUCGUCCACAGGGCUUCUAAACCUUAAAUCACGUAGAGACGCGCACAAAUUUCUUAGUGCUUC